AUGUCAUCCUUCCUCGCAUCCUGGGUCCCCCAAGCCGAGGGCCUUCUGCCCAAAUGGCUGCUCUUCAUCUCCUUCGUCUCGACCCUGAACAGCAUCCAAGCCUACUCCACCCUCGCCUACACCUCGCGCGUCUACAACCCGACCUCCAGCGACCCGCCCGUCAAGCAGCCGGCGCACGUCACCGGGCUCUCGAGCCGCACGUUCGGCACCUGGACGUUCCUGACCAGCGUGAUCCGGUUCUACGCCGCGUACCACAUCAACGAGCCCGCGUUCUACCAGCUGGCUAUCUGGACGUAUGUUGUGGCGUUUGCGCACUUUAGCAGCGAGUGGUUUGUGUUUGGCACGACGAGGUGGGGGAAGGCGCUUGCGGGGCCCGUGAUUGUGAGUACGACGAGUUUGGUGUGGAUGAUUAGUCAGUGGGGGUAUUACGUGCAGUAG